CCUUUCCUUGACAACUCCUACGUGUUUCGGUGUAUCUGUUGGAUUUGUUUUCUCUUCACCGCCACCAUGUGUAAGGGGCUCGCAGCCCUACCAGCAACCUGCUUAAAAAGCGCUAAGGACAUUAAGCAUAAGAUUGGGUUCCUGCUUCAGAAGGCUGAGCCCAUUCAAGAGCAGAAGCCUGUUAAGGAAAAGGAGAAGCCUGCUGUGGAGAAGAGUUCUCCUCCGAUUGACACUGAGAAAUGGAAAACCUCAUUUAUCCACCUGAUUAAUCAUGAUGUUGGACGGGCUGCCUUCACUGCCUUUUUGAAGUCCGAGUUCAGCCAAGAAAACAUUGAGUUCUGGGUUGCGUGUGAGGAUUUCAAGAGAACUCCUGCGCCACAGAUGCAAGCCAAAGCCAAGCAGAUUUUCAAACAGUACGUCGACGUCGAUUCCCCGAAUGAGGUCAAUCUGGACUCUGCAACAAGAGAAGAGACACGGAAGAAUCUGGAAAAGAGUGACGUGAGCUGUUUCGACGAGGCUCAGAGUAAGAUUUUCAGGCUGAUGGAAAAGGACUCGUACAGGCGCUUUCUGAAGUCCAAACUGUUCCUUGACCUUUCUCAGCCGCACAGAGACGAGAAACACUGCGGUCUGGAGAGAAAAGCGACCUUUACUGAGUUUAGCCAGUGUCUCCUGUCUCAUUGUGCCUAAAUCUAAGACAAAGAGCUUUCUUAGGCUUGGAGUUUGGGGGUCAGUUCACUUCUAUGAGUUGAGUUGGAAAGUGAAAGGUUAAGGGUUAAGUCAGUGAGGUAAACACAAUCGGUCUAACACCAGGAACAACCAAUACAAAUGUGUUUGAAAUGUUUUUCAGGUGUAUUUGGCUUUAACGUGUUUAGAAUGCUUUGUGAAAAUUAUUCAGAAGCUCUAGUGUAGCAUUUCAGUUUAUUUUGGGAAUUUUGUACGCAGACAAUAAGAAAUAAAAGACAAAAAAAAUAAAUAAAACAAGCCACUUUGGAAACCCUGACAAAUGACUAGAUUGUGGUAAGAAUAAAGCUUACAGUGACUACAGUAAGUGAAUAACUGUUACAGAUAAAGAUGAAGAAGACCUGGGCUGCAUAAUUAUUUAAUCUGUGUAUGUUAUAUGUACGUUUGCUGCCCAGUUAGGAUAGAUCUAGUCUUAGUAAUACUAAACGAAGCUCUGGAAUAUUAACGACAAACAAAUGUGAUGAGAUAUAUUUAUGAAAUUCUAGCUGGUGAUGUAGUUCAUUUGUUACAGUGCUGUACAUUUUAAGUCUGUCCUCUUUUAAUGUCACUUUGAGUCUUAUUAGAAUAAAUGGAUUUAAGCUGUUUACAUAUUUGUUUACUUUCAUGUAUUACACCUAUUUAUUGUUGUAUUUAUGAAUAAAAUGUCACAUAAAAAUGGUCUCUGAGAGUAAAUAAUGUAGAAAAUCUACAUUAAUGUAGAAAUGUUCUUGAGAAGUAAAGAGCGUGUUCGAUUGAUGCUCGUGUUACGAUUCAGAGAUGAUCGUUGUACUGUGAUGCAUUUAUGAAUGUGAAACACAACCAAAUAAUAAAAGAGUCCUAUAUCACAAGUCCA